GUGUUAAACGAAUCUAGAGACAAUCUAUCCAAAUGACAUCUGGUAAAGUAAAUAAAUUAUAAGGAAAGUAAUACAGUAUCGCGAUAUUGAUAACAAACAACACAGUAAAUUUGGAUAAGAACAUUGUGAUCUCGAAUCUUAUUGAUAAAUUUUGUUAUAAAAUCGUUAGAUAUUUACGAUGCAUUUCAUUAAAUUAACGCACAGUUUAAAGCAAGUUUUAUAUUCGUUUGCUGCUAUUAUUAGUUUCUUUCUAUACUUAUCAGUAAUACUACCAAUUAGUAAAGCGCAUAUUAAAUUUUAUACGAAAAGUACUACUGAGGAAAAUUUACCAUCUGAUGAUAUCAAUAAAAUAUAUUUAAAUGCAUCUUGGAAACAAAUUGGAGAAAUAAUAUUCGAAGCUUUAAUAUUAAUUUUUAUACUUAUCUUUUUAAUUUGUGCUUUGACAAUUACUCUACUUGCUUGUGAAGUGUGCUGUCCAGAUUGUGUUACGCCCAUCAUAGAAUUCAUAGAUGGCUUAGGUAUAAGACACAGGUUGAGAAAUCACUUUCGCCGGCUCUUUCGCGUGCGUCGAGAGCCUCGUCGUCCGCCAGAUUUGGACGUUCAUUUUUAUGCAAUGCGCCACGUGUCAGAUGAAGAAAAAGUAGAAUAUUAUUAAUUUGGAAGUUAACAUGAAUGGUUGUACAAACCAUUACACUUUACAACGUGUACAACGUUAUGUAGUAAAUAUUAUUUAUUUAUGAUAUUAAUAAGAUCUCGUAAGUAUGUCAUUAUGUUCGAAUCUCAAUUUCAAGUUAUUCUGAUAAUGCGUACGUUGCUCCACGAUUAAUUGUUAAGCAAGAAAAUAUAUAUUAUAUAUAAUUAUGUAAUAAUAUAAUCACAA